AUGUCGGCCGCUGAAGAGGCCAAGCAGCGAGGCAAUGACCUCUUCAAGCGCGCGAAGUACAGCGACGCUGUGCAAGCGUACACAGAGUCGCUUUCGCACGAGCCAGAGAGCGACGUGCUUCUUCUGAACCGCUCGGCCGCGUACAUGGCCCUAGGCCAGUACGGCCAGGCCCUGGCCGACUGUGAGCGCGCUGUGCAGGGGAGGGAGCCGAGUGGCAAAGCCCUGCUUCGUAUGGCCAAGUGCCAGCUGGGUGUGGGACGCCCUGACGCGGCUUUGUACACGCUUUCGCCGCUGCUUUCGCAGGCUCUCGGCACGAGCGCCGAGCAGGCACAGGCGCGUGACGUGGAUGCCCAGGCGCGAGAGAUGCAGCGACACCUGACGACCGCCGAUGCAUACAGCCGCGAGCGCAACUGGACGCUUGCGAGUAUUGCCUUGGACCAGGCGCAAGGUAUUAUGAAGCUAACAGACGCGACAUCGCCCCGUGCAUGGCAGGAAAAGCGUGUCAUGCUCCUACUGCAGCGUGGACAUUUGGGGCAGGCGCAGUCGCUUGCGAUGGACAUAUACCGUGCAGACCCAUCUGAUACGAGUGCGAUCAUGCUGGGUGCGCGGAUCAUGCUGGCGAAUAAUGACGUACAAAAGGCACUGCAGCAGUCCCAACUGGCGUUGCGGCUGGACCCGGACAUGCAGGCAGCCAAGCAGUUUUUGCGCAAGUGCAAGGCGCUGCUGACACUCAAGGACGACGCGAAUGCGGCGUUCAAGGCGAAUCGCUCCGACGACGCGCUGGCCAAGUACGCGGAGCUCCUAAGCGUGGCCGACCAGAACAUGGAGGUGGACGGCGAUGCGAAAAAGUUCAAGGCGGUCAUUUUCUCGAACCGCGCGAUUCUGCUCAGCAAGCUCGGCCGCUAUGAUGAUGCGAUCCGCGACUGCACACAGGCGCUUCAGCUGGACGCCGCCUUCACCAAGCCCCUCAAGACGCGUGCGCGCGCGUACCAACUCAAUGAGCAGCACGAAGAGGCUGUGCGCGACUUUAAGCGUGCGCUGGAUGCAAGUAUCGGCACGCCCGAGCAGGACACGCUGCGGCGCGAGACGCGGCGCGCUGAGGUGGAGCUCAAGCGCAGCAAAAAGGUCGACUACUACAAGGUGCUGGGCGUGCCGAAGACGGCGACCGAGGCCGAGGUCAAAAAGGCGUUCCGCAAAGAGUCACUCAAGCAUCAUCCGGACAAGGGUGGCGACGAAGAGAAGUUCAAGUUGUGCAACGAGGCCUAUGGGGUCCUGUCUGACGACCAGCAGCGCCGGCGCUAUGAUUCUGGUGUAGACGACAUGGACGACAUGGACCUGGGCGGCGCGGGCUUCGGUGGCAUGGGUGGCUUUGGCGGCAUGGGCGGCAUGGGCGGCGUCAACCUCGCCGACCUGUUUGGCGCCCAGUUUGCCAACUUUGACAUGGGCCCCGGCACCGGCUCAACACACUUUUACGGCCCCGGCACGAGCUUCCGAUUCGGCUAG